UUAAACACGCCUCCUUGAAUGACGUCCGAACCCGGAAGCAUGAAAGUGAACCCAGGGAGUAAAAGCAGCACGGAGAGCUGAAUGUGGGCUCCGGAGGAGGAGAUGGUGAAGGAAUGGGAAAGCGAGCAGGAGUGUAUGAAGCAGCGCUUGGUGUUGCAGGACACUGAGGCGUGGCAGAAGGAGCCGGACUUCAGAGGGUUGGAGAGAGUCGGGGGAGUGGACCUGUCCUUUAUUAAAGGGGAUGACCACAACGCCUGCGCUCAACUCGUCAUCCUCAACUACCCCGAGCUCCAGGUGGUGUAUGAUGUCAGUGAGAUGGUGUUUCUCACUUCUCCGUAUGUUUCUGGGUUUUUGGCCUUCAGAGAGGUUCCACCACUGCUGCAGCUUCUCCACACACUGCAGAGAGAGCAGCCUGAGCUGAUGCCACAGGUGAUGUUUGUAGAUGGGAAUGGUCUGUUUCACUACAGAGAGUUCGGCUUGGCGUGUCAUCUCGGCGUGCUGUCAGACCUGCCCUGUGUGGGUGUGGCUAAGAACCUGCUCCAGGUGCAGGGUGUGGCCAAAAAUGAUGAGCAUAUGUCACAGAUCAGCGCUAUGAGUAAAGCAGGUGACACUUUCCCUCUGGUCACUGAUUCAGGAAAAAUACUGGGGCAGGCUCUGCGCAGUUCAGAUCGCAGCACUAAACCCGUCUAUGUGUCAGUGGGUCAUCGCAUUAGCCUGGACACAGCCGUCCGCCUCACACACUCCUGCUGCCGCUACCGUGUUCCUGAACCUACACGACAGGCGGAUCUGCGCUCGAGAGAAUACCUGAGAAGAUACUUUCCCUCAUCCAGCUAAAGACACACACACACACACACACACAGGUGAGCGUAAAACCACCUGCUCUGUCUGACUCUCAUGUUUCAUGUUUGUGGUAGAAAAGUAGUUCAGUAUGUAACAAUACUCAUCAAUCUCUCUCGCUCACUCACACACACACACACACACACAGUGAAGUCCAUUAACACUCACCACACACUCUGCACUACACUGAUCAAGGAGGAUUGAUGAGAGACUCACACACUGCUGUGUGGAGUGAGACACCACUUACCCUCAUGCACACACACACACACACACACAGAAAACACACACUGUCAUGAGUUUUUGCAGUCUUACUGUAGAGAGAAUGAAAGAAAUAGAUAGAAAGAGAAAGUGUGUGUGUGAUGAUUCUGUCAGUCCUGUGAGAGCUCUGAGAUCACACAGCAGAUCAUUAGCAUCACCUGGGUUUCCCUUCAUCUGUGUGUGUGUGUGUGUGUGUGUGUGUGUGUGUGUGUGUGUGUGUGUGUGGACUUCUGAUGAGGGAUCAAAGCGUGGCACCAUCACUUCUCGUUCACUCACACACUCAUCUCUCGCUAUGUUUAUCCUUCAUUUGAACUUUUUAUACAGCUGAGGAGUUUUAGUACACAAUCUGUUAAACACACACACACACACACACCUCCAGUCCAACAUGAAGUUAUUUUUGUUUAAAAUAAAAUUCCAAAACAAGAGAAAAAUAAAGUUUUAAAAAUAAAAGCGUCUCUGUUACGUCUCG